GCUCCGAGUUAAAAGGAAUCAUACGCACUUUUUAAUUUUGGUUUAUUAAAGGUUUCUAUUAUGUCAACCAUUCGAGAUGAUUUAGUUUUUGCUGCAUAUAAUAGAGCAUAUGCAUUGGUUAAUUUUAAUGAUAAUAUAGACAAACAACAUGAAUUUAAAGAACGAACUAUUCAUGCCGAUAAAUCUCUUACAAAAUAUGAAAAAUCAAAAAUAAUUGAAAAAUUAACUAGAGAUUAUGAUUAUCAUAAAGUCCUUAUUAAUAAGGGAAAAAGAAGAAUUUGUGAAAAUUGUCAAAAAGAAUGUUUAGCAACUUUGUAUUGUGAAUAUUGUAUUAGAAAUUAUUUAGAAACAAAAUUUUCAAAUUGGACAUCUGGAAAUAAUAAUCUUGAUGAUUUAAUUCAGAAAUGCCAAAUAAAAUCAAUUCAUCCAGAAAUGUUAAUUGAAUGGAUUCCAUAUAAUAACUUACAAAAUAUUAAGUAUCUAACUGAAGAGCAACAAUUAAUAAGAUAUGGAACUGGGCACGUUAUACUUAAAAAGUUAGAAAAUGUUGAAAGUGCUAAUAGAAGUUGGUUUGAUGAGGCCAAAUCCCAUCUAACAAUAGCUAACAAAUGGCCAGUUGUAGUAAGUUGUUAUGGUUUGACUCAAGAUCCAUCAGAUGAAAAUUAUAUGCUUGUAAUGAAAAAAUUAGAUACAAAUUUAAGAGAAUAUUUACAACAAAAUCAUAAUCAACUUACAUGGAAUAAAAGAAUUAAUAUUACAAAUGACAUAAUUCAAGCACUUUAUAGUAUUCAUAAAGAAAAUGUAAUUCAUAGAGAUUUGCAUUCGGAAAAUAUAUUAUAUCAACAAUAUAAUAAUAGAUGGUUUAUUAGUGAUCUUGGAUUUUGUGGACCUGUUGAUAAGCCAUUAGAAAGUAUAUAUGGAAAUCUCCGUUACAUAGCACCAGAAGUUAUUGCUGGAAAAGGAUAUACUAGAGCAUCUGAUAUAUAUAGUAUUGCAAUGACAAUGUGGGAAGUUUCGUCUGGACAACCACCUUUUGCGAAUUACGAAGAUGAUUAUAAUCUUGCAAUGGAUAUUGUUAAUGGUAUGAGACCAAAGAUUAUAUCGGGAACUCCUUUAAAAUAUAAAGAAUUAAUGGAACAAUGUUGGGAUGCUGAUCCGACAAAAAGACCUGGUAUUUAUACAAUUAGAGAUAAAAUAAGAGAAAUUAAUAGAUUAUAUUACCAGAAUGUAACAGAUAAAAACACAAGUAUUUUUAUAAAAUUCUUAAAAAAUUUUAAAAAAACCAAUAAUUUAAAUAAACUAAGUGAUUUAGAAAUAUUGAGUUUUUAUUAUGCAAGUAGUAAAUUAUCUAUAAGUAAAGUUUAUCAAUUUGAAAAUUUACCUGAACCAAUAAAUGCAACCGAAGAAGAACAAGAAGCAUAUCAUAGUAAAGCUUAUAGUUUCAAUAUUCCUGAAAAUAUUGAUGAUCUUAAUAAAUCAAGUGAUCACGAUAAUGAUAGUACAAAAAUAAGUAGUAGUUUUAAAGGAAAUAGCAAAAGAUUAUCUAAAGCGUUUCAAAAAUUUUAUAUAGGAUCACGAGACAAUAAUCAAAAUAAUUAUAAAAGAGAAACUACUAUAAAACAGGAAAUAAAGAAACAAGAUGGAUUUUAAACUAUUUUAUUGCAUAAAUUUAUAUCAGUUAAUGAGAUUUUAUUAGAAUUAUUUACUAAAGU